AUGGUCCUCCCACGAAUCCCAUACACGGCGCCGUUCCCUCCUCCGACGCUCUACCCCGCGCACGCGACCUCGCUCCCCGCCGCGAUCGCCGUACUCCACGCCUUCCUCUCGCACCCAUCGCACCGCAAAACCGCACUGAUCAGCGGCGCCGGGAUCUCCGUCGCCAGCGGGCUGCGGGACUACCGGGGGACUUCCGGCACCUACCGCCUCAACCAACACUACCGGCCCAUCUUCUUCCACGAAUUCGCCAGCCAGCACGCCUCACGACAGCGCUACUGGGCGCGCAGCUUCGUCGGCUGGCCGGCGACCGCCGCCGCGCGCCCCAACGCCGCGCACCGCGCCGUCUACCAGCUGCGCGCCCACGGCGCACUGUGCGGCGUGGUCACGCAGAACGUUGAUAGCCUUCACGGCGUCGAUGGUGGCGUGCUAGAGCUGCACGGGUUCCUGCGCGCGGUCGCGUGUCUGGCUUGUAAGACCGCCAUCAAGAGGGAUGUGUGGCAGGCCGAGCUGGAAAGGUUGAAUCCGCUGUGGGCGGGGAUACUGCAAGACGGCGGCGGCGAGAAGCUGCGCAUGAACGCCGAUGGAGAUGUCGACCUCCCCAGCGCGGAUUAUACACAGUUCAGGUAUCCGCCGUGUCCCGUAUGUCUUGCAGAGGAUAGAGGAAGGACGGUCAGGGUGGAUCAGGAUGGGGGGAUGGAGGCCGGUGGUGACGGCGUGAAGGCGGUGGUCAAACCGUGUGUUACCUUCUUUGGGGAGAGUGUGGACCCAGAGGUUAAGGUGGCGGCGGAACGCCUGGUGGAGGAGGCGGAUGCGGUGUUGGUUGUUGGGAGUAGUCUGGCUACGUAUUCGGCGUGGAGGUUAGUCAGGGAUGCGGAGAGGGCGGGGAAGGGGGUGGCGGUGGUGAAUAUCGGCGGUGUGAGGGGUGAAGAUGCGUUCUUUGGACAAAAGAGAGCUGCUGGAGAGAGGGUAAGGCUUGAGGUGGACGCGGCUGGGGUCUUGGCGGGCGUCGUGGAGGCGUUUGGUGGGAAGUCGGAGCCGGCGAAGGAACAGCCGUAUCUGGCGGCCAGCUGGACGGGGGUGGGAGGGUGA